AUGGACAUUAUAAAUACUACUACUGUUGGCGCUAUAGAAAGCAAUGCUCUUGAUAUUUCUAUUGAUUCAUUACCAUAUUAUGAUCAAGAAAUUGAAUAUGAAGGAAUGGGUGCAAAAGUUGACAAACUUAUUGAACAAGAAAUGCGCAAAAGGCCAACCAGUAUUAAACGAGAUAUCAAAACAAGUUUUCCUGAUAUCGAAUUGUUUAAAUAUCAACGUGUUGAACAAGGAACACCAAUGACACGUAUAGAUUUGAAUAGAUAUAGGUUAGAAGAGCCAAAAGAUACCAGUGACAUAGAAGAAUGGAUAGAAAGUAUAAAUAAUUCUAAAUCACAAGCAUCUCAUCAAGAUCUAAGGUCAAUGAAUUUAGAGUUAUUAUUAGAGUAUGGAUCUAAUGCAUGGAGAAUUCAUAAUUUUCAAUUAGAACAAUAUUUAAGGCAUCUUGAAGCAUCUUUGGAUCGACAUAAACAAAAAAGUUUUGAUUUAAAUAGACAAAGAAAAGCAGAGCAGCUUGAGGUGGGACGUCAGAUUGAAAUGUUGGAUAAUAAAUGGAGUGAAUUGAUUGGCGAAACAAUUCAAUUGGAAGUUGCAUGUUCAACAUUACAACAUGAAAUUUCAGAAUUAAAGAUUUAUCAAGAAAAAUUAAAAAAAGAAUCAGAAUCUAAACUAUAG